CCCGCGCGCACACAUAUAUAUGGCCUACUCCGCUCUUGAUUUCAUCAACGAAGUGACGCUCAGAUCGAACCGUGCUCAUCUUACACCCUUUUCACUUGGGAAUCGCGUAAUUUCUCGCCAGCCAAACGCCUCCACCGAUGGCCGAUCAGCUCACCGACGACCAGAUCUCCGAGUUCAAGGAGGCCUUCAGCCUCUUCGACAAGGACGGAGAUGGUUGCAUCACAACCAAGGAACUUGGGACUGUGAUGCGAUCACUCGGCCAGAACCCCACAGAAGCAGAACUUCAAGACAUGAUAAAUGAAGUUGAUGCUGAUGGAAAUGGUACCAUUGAUUUCCCAGAGUUUCUCAAUCUGAUGGCCCGAAAGAUGAAAGAUACUGAUUCUGAGGAGGAACUCAAGGAAGCUUUCCGUGUUUUUGACAAGGAUCAGAAUGGUUUCAUUUCUGCAGCUGAGCUCCGCCACGUUAUGACGAAUCUUGGUGAGAAGUUGACAGAUGAAGAAGUUGAUGAAAUGAUUCGCGAGGCUGAUGUUGAUGGUGAUGGGCAGAUCAACUAUGAGGAAUUCGUCAAAGUCAUGAUGGCCAAAAUCAGAAGGAAAAGGAUGGAAGAGAAGCAUAGCAAAAAUGGCGGAAGCAAAGGUGCCCAGUACAGGAGACGUCGUUGUUCCAUCCUCUGAAUGAGAUUCUGCCACAGUGCCACCUAAAAGCCGCGAAGUUUGGUGUGGUGACUGGUGAAGCGGGAAGCGAGAGAAGGAAAAUGUCAAGACUCAAGAAGAAGAAUAAACAUCCGUGGCGAAUGGAGUUUCCGUUUAGUGCAAGGGAUAGAGACUGGAACACGCAGAGAGCUGCCGGGAAACCACUCUUAUCCCUCUUAUCAAGUUCUCGCUAUGUUUGGCGCAGAGGAGGAAGCAGGCCGUAUGUGAAAUUUAUUUUAUUUUAUUUGGUUGCACGCGCUUCGUGCAUGCGUGACUCGCGUGUUGUCGAAGGAAAUUGGUCAAUUGGAUCUGGAUGUAAUACGUAAGGUUAGGGGCAGAAAUGUAUUUUCAAGUUUCUGAGAGAGUGAGAGACCGGAGGUGCGGCUCCCAUGGUUGUUGCCAACUUACCACGGGCCUCCUGAAAUGCAUUGAAUCGUUCUAAUCUCCAAUGCCCGGUCACGUAUUCAUCUUUUUGAAUGGAAUUUGGAUUCCAAACAACAAAAGGCUACCGUUACACAGUGCACUUAGUCAAUCCAAAUGUGGAAGCAUUUAGCAACAAGGAAAAAUUGAAGAAUGAAUUUUGGAAUGGAUUGUGUUCGGAUUUCAAUCCAAAAUCAAUUAUGAAGAUGGGAACAUAGAAAAUGCUCAAAUAUUGAGAAUUGAUUCUCAAAUAAAAGGAAAAAAAUAGUUUAAGUUAAAUAGAUUUUCUGAAAACUAAUGAAAUUUGAGAAAAUUGAUGGUAUUUGAAUAAAAAAUUUUAAAAUUAUGAUUUCGGACCCAAAAUUAAUUGCACAUGUGUAUCAAAACCUAC